ACCAAUAUUAGUGUACCAAUGUUAACAGUAUACCAUCAUGCUAGUAGUGUACCUAUAUUAACAGUAUACCAUCAUGCUAGUAGUGUACCUAUAUUAACAGUAUACCAUCAUGCUAGUAGUGUACAUAUAUUAACAGUAUACCAUCAUGCUAGUAGUGUACCUAUAUUAACAGUAUACCAACAUGCUAGUAGUGUGCCUAUAUUAACAGUAUACCAACAUGCUAGUAGUGUACCUAUAUUAACAGUAUACCAACAUGCUAGUAGUGUACCUAUAUUAACAGUAUACCAACAUGCUAGUAGUGUACCUAUAUUAACAGUAUACCAACAUGCUAGUAGUGUACCUAUAUUAACAGUAUACCAACAUGCUAGUAGUGUACCUAUAUUAACAGUAUACCAACAUGCUAGUAGUGUACCUAUAUUAACAGUAUACCAACAUGCUAGUAGUGUAUCUAUAAUCAAAUUGGGAAGAAGAGACUAUUAG